GCUUUCACAUCUUUCAAUAGUUUAGUUGGGAUAUUUCCACCUCCCACGUCCUCCCUCCUCCCCCUAUGGCCUACAGACCCAGCGCAAGCGUCCAAAACCUCGCGUAUAAAAUUCACACAAACUUAGUUUAAUACUCCAUUGAUGGAUGCGAACAAUGACGAUUAGAACUUCCCCGUCUGUCUCCAUAUAGCCCCUAAAAGCCGGCUGUGCACCGCCCUAUUCCGCUAUUCCUCUCCUCUUCUCCUCUCCCUCUUUCUCCACCCUUCUAUUCUCCUUCAGCAGAGACGUUCUUUCUUUUAGUUUGUACAACCUUUUCCCCCCUUUUUCUAUGUACGGAGGGACUAAGAAUAGUGAUUAAUUUUGGCCUGGUGGGAAACACUGAACAUGGACGGCCAGUGCAGCACCGAGUCACGUAAUUCCGAGACCGAGGAGGUUGGAAUAGCGCCCGAGAAUAACGCCCCGAGCCCGCCCGGCGACCCGAAAGCUGCCCAGCCCCUCUCCCCUUCCGCCAAGAGGAGCCGGCGGUCGGUCCAGAAGCGAGUGGUAUCGAUACCCAUCUCCGGCGACGGCGAUGGAUCGCGGCCCAAAGGGGGAGCCGGCGCCGGCGAGGGGGCUCCGCCGACCGAUUCGUGGGCCUGGAGAAAGUACGGCCAGAAGCCGAUCAAGGGCUCUCCUUACCCGAGGGGCUACUAUCGAUGCAGCAGCUUGAAGGGUUGCCCGGCGAGGAAGCAGGUGGAGCGGAGCCGAGUGGAUCCCACCAUGCUCGUCGUCACCUACUCCUUCGACCACAACCACCCCUGGCCCCUCCCCAAGAACCACCGCCACCCCAAGCCUUGGCCGCCGGUGGCACAGCCCGUCGAGGAGCCGUCGCCGAUCCGCUCGAGCCCGCCCGAAUCUGUGGUUCUGGAUGAGAAGUUCUCCAAUCUAAUCGGAGAAGAGCCGUCCCUCAUGAUCUACGACGAGAUCCGGUGGUUCUCAGACGUAGGAUCUCCGUCCUCCACCUCGCCCCUGGCGGCCGCGGAGAAUCUGCUUUUUGGCUCGAUCUUCGCCAGCGCCGCGGUGGGGCUCCCGGAGGAGUGCGGCGGCGAAGAUAUGGUCGAUGGGGAGGAGGACGGGACGUUCGCGGGGCUCGGAGAGCUGCCGGAGUGCGCGGUGGUGUUCCGGAGAGAGAGGUCGCGGCUGGCGCCGGCAUCGUGGUGCGGGAGCACCGGAUGAGUCGGAGGCGGCGGCGAUCAAGGUGGGGGAGAUUUCACCGACCAUGACGGCGUGGCGUGCGCCGUACGAUUAUUCCCUAAUUUUUCUCUUUAAUCUCACGCAUAUAUAGUUUCUUUUUCUUCUCCGUUUACGUUUUCGAUAAAUGUUUUUUCCGAACGGGAGCUUUAGAAAAAUAUAAAGAUAAAGAUGGGGUUUGGUCA